AUGGAUCCUUCAGCUCUUGUUGCUGAAGCUUUUAAGCUCACAGUAGUUCCUGCAUGCCGUCAACUUGAGUAUAUGCUCCGGUACAAGAUCCAUGUUAAUGAGCUCAAAGACGGUGUUGACAAGCUAGUGCAUGCUAGAAAAAGGGUUCAGCAUGCCAUUAAUGAGGCUAUUCUCAAAGGGGAGAGGAUCGAAGGUGAUGUUCAACGGUGGCUCAGCGAGACUGAUGUGCUGACCAAACGUGCCAGGAAGGUGAUUGUGGAUGUCGAGAGCAAAAAGAGCUGCUUGCACUUCAUCCCGAAUCCCGUUGCCCGCCAUCAACUAGGCAGGAAGGCAAGGAAAGACGCUGACAACAUUCGAGAUCACUGUAGGAGUGGGGAGAAGUUCAACAAGAUCUCCUACCAUGACGCACAAACCACAGAAGCUGCAGCAACCCUGCCUUCAUCCUCUUCGGGGACGACUGCCCAGCCCCCUAUUCCCCUCGACUCCAGGGCUUCGAUCCUGAGCAAGAUCAUGGAAGCUCUGGAGGAUAAUAAUGUCAGGAGGAUCGGUGUCCACGGAAUGGGUGGUGUUGGCAAGUCCACCCUUUUGGAUGAGGUCGAAAGGAAGGCCAAGGAGUCGAACAGGUUUGAUGAAGUCAUAAGGAAGCUCAUAUCAAAAAACCCAAACGUUGACGUAAUCGGAGCGGAUAUCUCGUACAUAUUGGGCAUGCUUGACAAGAAAGAUGAUGGGAAAGGUUCUGCAGAACAAGAUGGGACGGGUUCUGGAAAGAAGAAGGCCUUCAUUAUCCUUGAUGAUCUAUGGGAGGACCUUAACUUGAAGCUGAUCGGGAUUGAAGAUAGCUACAAGAACGUGGAAAUAAAGAUGCUACUCACCUCCCGAAAUUGUGAUCUGCUGGCUAACAAAAUAGGUUGCCGACCAAACCUCCAUCUUACUCACUUGAGUCCGGAGGAAACAGCAAAGUUGUUUGCUGCGAUAGCAGGUAGGGACCCUCAAACGGAUACUCUGGCAGCUAACUUAGUUGAGAAGUGUAAAGGCUUGCCUGUCUUAAUCGUGCCGCUCGCUACGAUGUUGAAGAACAAGGCUUUCUUUACUUGGGAAGAAGCAGUCGAGCACAUUAAGAAAUUAGAAGCUGGUUACUCGACCCUGGAGUUGAGUUACCAGUCUUUAGAAGAAGAGAAGUACAAGGAGUUGUUCCUACUUUGCGGUCUCAUGGGAAACCAGAACAUCCCAGUACGCAACCUCCUCAAGUACAGUAUAGGCUUAGGCUCAUUUGGUGGCACCAAUAUCGUGGAAAGAGCUGGGAGAGAAAUGGUUGAAUCAAUUCGGAAGCUUCAAGCCUCGUCACUUCUGCUCCAAGGUGAUGACAACGAUCAUGUCAAAAUCCACGACGUGGUUCGUGAAUUUUCAACGAAAAUCGCAAACAAAGAUGGCCGUUAUUUGGUGUUCAGCGAUGACAAAGAUUUGCAAGUUUGUCCAGUUGAAAGCCUGGAGAAAAUAACAACAAUCUCCCUGCCUCAUGUUGCCAUUCAAACUCUUCCUCAACACAUGUGGAGCUAUCCAAACCUAACCACCUUUAUUUCACAUGCGGGAGAUUACGCUAAUGACCAAGGUAUGUUCUCUGACUCCCCGUUUGGAAUCGAGUAA